GGUGCUGGGUGUCACUGCAGGUGACGGAGCUGCCACCGACGUCACCAACGUGGAGCCAGGAGCUUCAGGUGCCACCAGGACCCCUACGGCCACCCGCGUCCCCAUGGAUGUGGGGCCACCAAGUGCCACCAAUGAUGUCCCCAUGGCUCCAGCACCUCCAGGUGCCACCAACAUCCCCAUGGAUCUAAGUGUCACCAAUGUCCCCACGCCUCCAUCACCCCCAGGUGCCACCAGGACCCCUACGGCCACCCGCGUCCCCUCGUCCCCGCGCCCCCUGCCCCCUCUCCAGGUCCUUUUGGGUCGGGAGGUGUCACCCCACGGCCUCGGCCCCCCGUUCCGCGUCCGUCUCCCCGGACGCCUCCCGGCCCCUGGAGCCGAGACGGAGGCGGCGGUGACUUCGGGCCUUUGGCCGUGGGUUUCCCGAGGCGACAGAAGGGACAAAAGCGAGAAGGAAGAGAUCGGCGACACGUCGGGGAUGGCGGCGGCCGUGAGGGCGGCGAGACGCGGGGCCAGGAGGGGGAUGGUGCCGUGCGGGGCGGCCGUGGUCGAUCCGGUGAGCGGGAGGGUCGUGGCCGCGGCGUGGGACACCAGGAGGGGGGGGCACCCGCUGGGACACGCCGUGAUGGAGGUGCUGGCGGCGGUGGCCAGGGGACAGAGGGGGGGAAAUCAU